GCGCGGUCUGGGCUCCGAGGUGCCGGUCACAGGGCAGAGCGCGCGCUGCCCGUGCUGGCGCGGCCAAUGGAAAAACCAAACCAGGCUCCAGAACGGGAAUUCUCGUCCGCGCCCCGCUCGCCAUGCCCGGUGCGCCCGGAACAGCUGCUGCGGCAGCUCUCCGUCCGGGGCUGGGGCGGCGGUCUGGUCCCCCGCGGCCGGGCCCGGGCUGUGGCGUACCGCCGCGCCCUGGGAACCUGUGUGACAGCCAGUGCCGGGCGGCGGGAGGACUCCCUGCCCGCGGCAGCACCCCGAACUACAACCCGCGGCCUGCCGGGAGGAAGCGGAGAGACGCCCCACAGGAAGCGGGGUACGGCGGCGCCGCCGUAGCGCUGCGGCGAUCCCGCCUGGGCCACCCCUGAGUCACCGGAGCGGCCUGCGCGGGCGGGCGCAGCCGAUCUGCGGGGUGCCGGGCCGGCACCUCCUCUGCCGUGCCCUGCCCCGCCGCCGUCUCGCUGCUGUUGGCGACGCCUCGGAAGCCCAGCCCAGCUGCGGAGAGCGCCGCACCGGCGGGGAAGCGAGCGGCGGCACUGGCGCCCUCCUGAACAUUCAAAGAUCACAAACAGCUGUCCUGGAAAAACGAAAAACAAUCCUACCUGGCAACUAUGAGGUAUUUUCACUUUUGUAAGCUUCCAGGAAGAGUUAUGGGAAUCCGCCUGCUACGCUUCACUUCUGUCGUGAUCAUUGUCUUACUUCUUGUGGCAGGUGCUUUAACAGCUUUGCUUCCCAGUAUCAAAGAUGACAAAAUGCCCAAUUUGAAAAGGGAAUCAAAAACCCAGAGUCAGUCUGCCUUGGAUUCAUUUACUCUUAUUAUGCAGACAUACAACAGAACUGACUUACUGCUAAAGCUUUUAAAUCAUUAUCAAGCCAUCCCCCACCUACAUAAAGUAAUUGUUGUGUGGAAUAACAUUGGUGAGAAGAUACCAGAGGAAAUGUGGAAUUCCUUGGGGCCUCAUCCUGUCCCUGUUGUCUUUAAAGUUCAAACUGUAAAUCGCAUGAGGAACAGACUCCAGAAUUUCCCUGAGCUGGAAACAAAAGCUGUUUUAAUGAUGGAUGAUGAUACACUAGUCAGUGCUCACGACCUUGCUUUUGCCUUUUCUGUUUGGCAGCAAUUUCCAGAGCAUAUAGUGGGAUUUGUUCCUAGAAAGCACAUUUCUACUCCUUCAGGUGUAUAUAGUUAUGGCAGCUUUGAAUUGCAGAACCCCGGAUUUGGAAAUGGAGACCAGUAUUCUAUGGUUCUUAUUGGUGCAGCAUUUUUUCAUAGUCGCUAUUUAGAAGACUUUCAAAGACAGCCAGAAGCUGUUUACGCCUUAAUAGAUGAAACUCAAAAUUGUGAUGACAUUGCUAUGAAUUUUCUGGUAGCCAAGCACACUGGAAAGCCUUCAGGAGUGUUUGUGAAGCCUGUUGAUAUAAGAAAUUUAGAAAAAGACACUAACAGUGGCUAUUCUGGAAUGUGGCACCGAGCAGAACAUUUGUUACAGAGAUCUUACUGUGUAAAUAAACUGGUUAAUAUUUAUGAUGGCAUGCCUUUAAAAUACUCUAAUAUCAUGAUUUCUCAGUUUGGUUUUCCUAAUUAUGCCAAUCACAAAAAUAAAAUGUAAGCCAAUGAAUUUAAGGUGUUAGAUGUUAAGCAGUACUCAGUGAAUUGUAGAGAGUUCAAGGACAGAAGGUGUAAUUUGCCAUCUUUAUUUGUAGCCUCUGAAUUUUUUCCAUUUGGCUUUUAAUGUUUUUUUUUUUUUUUUUCCUUUCUUACUAAUUCUCCGUGGUAAGUUCUGAGAAAACUUAAAAAAUAGAUAUAAAUGUUUAGUUAUGAGAAAAUCAUCCUCUUUACUUAAAACCUGAAAAGCUAUUAUGAUUAAUUAGACAGGUUCUUCAGAAACCUGCAGACAAGAAUGCACGCCUACCUUUCAGUAUGUAUGGUUGCUUUGUUUCUUGUAUGUUGUUUUUUAGGUUUGUUUGGUUGGGUGUGUUUUUUUUUGGGGGGGGGGGAAGGGGGAACAUUGUGUUUUCUCUUUUUUUUUUCUUUUUAAUUAUAUGUCACUAGUCAAAUGAGGUCUAGGCAUAUUUUUGAUAGUGACAUGUUGAGAUGCUUCCCUGCCUUCCCCCUCCUCAAUUCCUCCUGCCCAGUUCCCAGUGCAACUACAGAAGGGCUACAGUGAAGUGUUGGCCAGGCUUCUACACUCCUGUACAAAACCCCUCUGAAGUUUGUAUAUAAGUUAUUCUGUAUUGAGAUGUUCCUAAAGCUGCUAGGAAGGCAAGCCAGAAGAAAGUACCUCACCUUAGUCUCAGAUAGACCUAAAACCAUUGCCUACAACAUCUACUACUGCUGAGAUAGUAAUAAAUGAUCUCUGAUGUGGCUUUUUUUCCUGUUAUUAAUUUGUCUAGAGUUGCUGAAACACUGCAAGCAGCUGAAAGGUAAAACCUAGCAUUUGGAAAUGUAAGAAACAUGAAUUCAUGAAAUAGAAAAGUUAUAUAAGCACCCAGAAGAAAUGGAUGGGAUAUUACUUAUUAAUACUCUACUUAGUACUUAUUUUUGUUUCAUUAUUUGCAUGGGCAUUGUUACAAAAAUGUGCCUAAGAAAAUCCUCACUUUUAAAAAAUGUCUUACUUACAGUUCCUAAUAAGAGCAAGUUGUUCUACAUUUACUACAUGGUGCAUUUUGUAAUAUUACAGGUCUACUGGGUUUUUUUAGCUACUCUUUCAAAUGAAUAUUUAUUUUACUCUUGGUUCCUUUCAUCUUUGUUUUUGGUGGCUAUGACAACAGAAUUAAAAUGUGUAAUGAAUGGGUAAAGCAUUAAUACAAAAAAGUAUUUUAAGGUACAGUGAUAUUUGACAGGGCUGGACUGUUAUCAGCCUCUGAAUUCCCUGGCUUCGUUCAUAGCAAGAAACAGAGCUGUUACUAACAGCUUUUGUUAGAUUGGAACUCUGUAUUUCUGGAGACACUGUGUUAACAUAAACAGGACAAACCUUUUCCAUUGCAGUUACAGAUCUUUUUUCUGGUGUGGAGGAAAGAACAAAACCCAAUGAUUUUCCUGUAUCACAGUGAGUAAUCGAAUCGGGCAUCCAGAGUAGAUUUAGUUUCACCUGCAUCAGCUUUUAAUUGAUUCUUAGUAUCAGUUCAAAGGUAUUGAUGGGCUAUCAAAAUUAGCUUAUUCCUAGUACACAAAUAGCAUCUGCACAAAUGGUGUAUAAUUCUAUAAUUUUUUGUAAUAAGUUAGCUGACCAAAAAGUGGUUGAAAAUGUGACACGUUCCUUACAGCAGGGCUGAUUCUGGGUGUGAGUCUUUGGGUUUCUUUCGGGAAAUGGAGGAUUCCUUUGCCUUGUUCUAUCAGUGUUAAAGGAUUUGGCUUCUGUUCAGUGAAGUCUUCCUAGUACUUUUGAACGAUUUAAAGGGCAAAAUCUUAAAACGGCAAUGUAAAGUCUGCUUAAUUUUGUUGUAAUAAUGAAAAGCAGCUUUUAAUUAUCGUGCUGUAGUGGUAAGUAGUAUACAAACAGGUCUAUGAUCUCUCCAGAAAUGCAGCUUUCCUAGUGGUAGUUUACUGCAUUUUAUUUACUUUACUGGUCUUCUGUAGCUUCUGUGCAGUAUCAACUACAAUUGUGGGAACUUACAGAUGUUGUUUACCUUACUUUUAAAAUGUGAAAUGAACUGUCAACUCAGCCAAAUCUUAGUAUUGGGUUCUUUGUCGGGUGAAGGAGUUGUUCUGGGUUGGUUGUUUUUUUGAUCUUCUGUAUCAGUGAAAGAAUUAAUAGAACAAGCUUUUAUUAUACUGGUAAAUUUAAUUUGUACCAUUGUCAAAUAAAUACAUAAAACAGA